GAAUCUACGGUCGGUAUUCACAAAGUUAAUAAAAUCAAGCAAAAAAAAAAUUAAAACCAAAAUAAGCUAAUUCUUUGAUACUGCAUUGGCAUACUUUUGCAUUUCAAUACGUCGAUCAAUAGUGAAAAGUUUUUGCUAGGGUUCGUUAUAUUCUUGACAUUUUCGCUAGCUAAUCCAAUUAAUAGGCUACCAGUUGGUCGUAUUGGUUUUGGGUGAAAAGUGGUAUACAUUAGAAAAAUGCAUCUUAAUGCAGAUAUCUCAAGUGCCCUUCAGCAAAUCGAGGCCGUCAAACGUGUCAUCGAUGAAAGUGACCCAAAACUUCAAUCUCAGACUGCAGAAAGUCUUAAAACCAUUUUGGAUAUAUUGCAGGAUCCUGUAUUUAUUUCCAUUGUUCACGUACAGGAUUCGUUGUCAGAAUUGAAUGCGCAAUUGACGCAGCAUCCAUCAAUGUUGCCAAAUGAUUUUGAUAUCGACAUGGCUGGAAAUUUAGUCCUUAGCAUCAACGGAGGGGGCGAUGUUAUGUAUGAAUUCGACGAGAGACUGUCGACCCCUUUGAAUAGCGCAUCGGGUCCAAAUAGUCCUGGAAGUAGUAAAACUACGGAAAUUGCCGACACAUUAUUGAUGGAACAGCAUUCGAAAAUGCCAUCACUUUCCGGAGUUGAGCUCUUUCCCACUGACUAUGUUCAAAUACAAGCUAUAGAAUUGGUAAAUGAUGGUACUGGACUUGGAUUCGGUAUAAUAGGAGCACGCACUUCUGGGGUCAUUGUAAAAACUAUUCUGUCCGGUGGAGUCGCGGACAGAGAUGGUCGAUUGAGAUCUGGAGACCAUAUCCUGCAAAUUGGGGAUGUUAAUUUGCAAGAGAUGGUGUCAGAACAAGUUGCGGCAGUUCUACGACAGUCAGGGACCCAUGUACGCUUAGUUGUCGGACGUGCUAUAGAACAUCCGUCACCCCUUGGUCUGAAUUUAGAGCCAGGAAGUGCUGUAGUUCCAGCUCGAGUUUUAGUAGACCGAUCAGAGCUGGAGAGGUACUUAAUAUCUACCGGUUAUCCCGAAAUAUUUGGCGAAAGUUCAAAUGCCUCUACACCACAAACAACAACAGAGGACGAACGGUUUGUGUAUAGAGGAGGUUCCAAACCAAUAAUUGAUCUAUUAGAACUGCCGGAAACUGAAAAAUUGCAAGUCGAGUUAACAAAAGACGCGAAUGGCCUGGGAAUAACAAUAGCUGGCUACGUAUGCGAAAAAGAAGAAUUAUCUGGAAUAUUUGUUAAAAGUGUGUCACCCGGAUCGGCUGCAGAUCUUAAUGGACGCAUACGCGUUAACGAUCGAAUCAUAGAAGUUGAUGGACAGUCUCUGCAAGGAUUUACUAAUCAUCAAGCCGUUGAGCUUCUGAAACAGUCGGGUCAAGUUGUUAAUUUGCGCUUGGAGCGUUAUCUAAGAGGCCCAAAAUAUGAACAACUGCAACAGGCAAUUGCCGCAAACGAUAAGUUGCCAUCUAGUAUGCCAUCUACUCCUUCUCGCAUUAACACGCAUAACAAUGCGACUACAGCAGGUACAUCUUUUCCUAUUGGCGCAAUUAAUGUAUUUGGAACUGAACCUGAAGGUUUUAAUGUGCCAAAUGUACAUAUGUCUAACGCUAAUAUAAAUCAGUCUACAAAUAUGACCACAUUUGGAUUUGACAAAAAUGUCGUUUCCACAAAAGUUCAAAAUCAAGAAGAACUUCCCAAAAUAGUUGCGACAGAUGUUACAGAAUCUACGGAAUUGGAUCUUCGUGUCUUUGAAGAACCACUUCAUGCUAAAAAUAGUAUUCUAGUUACACGGCAAAAAUACUAUACUGAUCCUGAACUUACGGCUGAUGUUGAACAAGAAAUAAUUCGUAAAUGGAAGAAAAUUAUCGGUACGGAUGUUGAUGUCGUUGUAGCUCAAAUAAAAAAGUUUCCUGUCGGAGGCCUAGGAAUUUCACUUGAAGGAACUGUAGAUGUCGAAGGUGGCCGCGAAGUUCGGCCACAUCAUUAUAUACGUUCCAUACUGGCAGACGGACCGGUUGGACAAAAUGGAAAAUUGAGAGCUGGUGAUGAAUUACUCGAGGUAAAUGGUGAACGUCUAUUCGGCAUGAACCAUUUGGAAGUUGUGGCUAUACUUAAAGAACUUCCAGUCGAUGUGCGCAUGGUUUGCGGACGUAGCAAAGCGGAAUUAAUGUCAUUCUCCGACGAUACAUUAAAAAAAUUAGGAAGUAAUUUUGAAAAAUUAGUUCCAGCAUCCGAUAGAUUGGUUAAAGCAAAAUCUGAUGGAAAUUUGGCUACAUCAUCGCCCACAAAUGACUCCUUCAAAUUAAAGUCACGUUCUUUAGAACCGCUAACUGGUUUGGCAAUGUGGUCUGAAGAACCUCAAAUAAUAGAAUUGAUAAAGGGUGAUCGAGGCUUGGGAUUCUCCAUACUCGAUUAUCAAGAUCCUAUGGACUCAAAUGAUUGUUUGAUUGUUAUACGCUCACUAGUACCCGGCGGAGUGGCACAGCUUGAUGGACGAUUAAUACCUGGAGAUCGUUUGCUCUUUGUCAACAAUAUCAAUUUGGAAAAUGCUACACUCGAUCAAGCAGUUCAGGCUCUAAAAGGAGCCCCAAAAGGUAUAGUGCGUAUCGGCGUUGCCAAGCCUUUACCUAUGACAGACACGUCAUUAAAAACAAAUGUUUCAUCAAGUGUAAUUGAGGAUAAUAAUGACAAUUUACUGCCUCAGAGAGUACCGGAUUACCAGAGUCUGCCACCUUCAGCCAUAGAGUCAUCUGAGCCCGAUUUGAUUUCCAAUUGGCGGAAAUAAAUGAUUGUCCACUCAUUAUAUAGAAUCAUUCAAUUAUAUUUAUUAAACCCUUUACUUUUAUUUUAUAUUCGAAAUUUUUAAAAACGAACAUGACGAUUAUGUGCAUUUUUUAAACACAUUCUAGCUCGGCGUCUCUGAAUUUUCAAUUCCCCAAACCAUAUGACUUGUCUCCAUAUUGUAUUUUGUUAUAAAAACAUUCCAUUUUAUUUAUAAUUUGUCUGCAUUACUUAAUAACACAAUUAAAUGUAUAAAUUGAUUAACUGAAGGUUAUUUUAAUAAAAUAUAUAACCGUUUCACAAGA